UGUCCGCGUCUCUUGUCCUCAUUUCACCCGCGGAGCUCCAACUGGAAACAGUGUGUGUGAGUUUCUCUGGAUAAAGAAACAUGUCAGUGGUUCAGUUCAUUAAAUCCUCAGAUUGAACACAAUGAAGACCCUGAUGUUUGUGGUCCUGCUGGGAAUAGGUCUACAUGGCGCUGCGGCAGUGACUCACUCUCUGAAGUAUUUCUUCACUGGGUCUUCUGGAGUCCCAAACUUCCCAGAGUUUGUGGCUGUUGGGUUGGUUGAUGAAGUUCAGAUAGAUUACUAUGACAGUAACACCAGGAGAGCCGAACCCAAACAGGACUGGAUGAGCAGAGUCACAGAAGGCAAAGCUGACUACUGGGAGUAUAGCACUCAGGCCUCUCUGGGUGCCCAGCAGACCUUCAAAGCCAACAUUGAAAUCUUGAAGCAGCGCUUCAACCAAACUGGAGGUGUCCACAUUUUCCAGUGGAUGUACGGCUGUGAGUGGGAUGAUGAGUCUGAUGAGGUUAAUGGUUUUAUGCAGUAUGGUUAUGAUGGAGAAGACUUCAUAGCAUUUGACCUGAAGACAGAGACAUGCAUCGCUCCAAUACCACAGGCUGUCAUCACCAAAAACAAGUGGGAUAAUGACAAAGCUUAUAUAGCACAGAGAAAAAACUACCUCACCCAGAUUUGCAUUAACUGGUUGAAGAAGUAUGUGGACUAUGGGAGGAGCUCUCUGCUGAGAACAGACCUUCCCUCAGUGUCUCUCCUCCAGAAGACUUCCUCCUCUCCAGUCAGCUGCCACGCUACAGGUUUCUACCCUGACAGUGCCACACUCAUCUGGAGGAAAGAUGGAGAGGAGCUUCAUGAGAACGUGGAACACGGAGAGAUCCUCCUCAACCACGAUGGAUCCUUCCAGAUGAGUGUUGACCUGAAGCUUCAUUCAUCAGUCACACCUGAAGACUGGAGGAGGUACGACUGUGUGUUUCAGCUCUAUGGUGGGAAGAACGACAUCGUCACCAAACUGGACAAAGCAGAGAUCAGGACCAAUGAAGAGAAGACCAUCGACAUAACUGUCAUCAUCAUUGCUGCAGUGGUUGUUCUUGCUCUUGUCCUCAUUGCUGUCGUUGGAUUAAUGGUUUACAAAAAGAGGAAUGCUGAAUGCCAUCAAAAAUCAGGGUCUUCAACAGGAAGUCAAGACAGCUAGACACCAUUGAUCAAAGAUUAAAGCGAGUGACAGAUUGAAGAGGUCUGUGAUUCCCACUCCAUAAGAAAUCUGCAACAUUGAACUUCUGAGCUUCUGCUUUGCAAGAGAAGUAAACAAGUUUUAUUAAAGUAAAGACACAAUGUGUAAAAUACACAAACAUAAACAAUAGGGUCACCAAACCACUAAAAUGGAUUGAAUAUCAUUAGGAGUCAUGUUGCAAAAAAGUUGCAGUGCAAUGAGGCUUUAAAGCUGCACUAAUCAAUAUUUAUGUUUAACAUUUUACAACAAUCCAAGUUGUACCAGCAGAUAAUUAGACUUUAAAUUAGAGUUUACUGGUAAACGUUUGCUUCACUCCAGUUAAAGAAAUAUUGUAGCAGUGUUGAGUGAUACACAGAUUGGCAUAUGCAGCUCAAACAAGGCUGAAGUAGAUCCUCCACACCAUAAACUAUAUUUAAAUCUAUAUUGAACAUCAAAUCACAAUGUUUCUAUCCACAGUGGAUCUUUGCCUUAUUUAAACUACACACCAUCCAUAUGAGUGUGUAACCUUGAUGACACAUAAUGUAUAAAAUGUUCAUAAUUAGAGUAAAUGAUGAACUGUGUCAAUCAAAGAGUGACGAGAAUGUUGAAUGUAUUUAAAUAUGUAAAUAGAGAUACGUUCAUAAAUAUUUGUUCACAUUUCUGAUAUUAAUGUGUUAAACAAAUUCAAGAUGACUUUUUCUUUCUUUCUCUUUGGUGACAGUUGUAGCAAGAUGUGUAAUACAGUUUAAUCUGUAAAUGUUCAUAAUGCAAAUGUACAUAUAGACUCAGUUAUGUGAUUUACAUGCAGCAACAUCCACUCUUGUCCCCCUAAAUGCUGUCGAACAUUCAGCCCUUUGAUUUAUAACUGGAGACAUCUGCAGCACUCUGCACUGUAUUUAUCAAGAAGUGGGUUGGUCUCUCCAUCAGAAGAUAACAGCGUUAGAGAACAUUUAUUCUUAUUUCUUUAUAAAGGGCUGCUCCAAACAUUGCCCCUAUAUUUGACAUCACUUAUUGGUGAACUGAACUGGGAAAGAUGGAUUUUAGAUUCCUUGUAGCGUACAUUGGGAUGACUGGCAGUGUACCUUCACACUUACUUACUAUAUGCAAUGAAAUUCAAUUCAGAAAUCAAAUCAAAACCCUGAUUGAUUUUAGGUGUGACUGGUCAUGAAUGCAAUUUAUUUGGUGAUGAUGAUUUGUAGCUUCUGCUGUUGCAUUUAUUAUAUAUUCUGCAGUGUUACUAUUAUUGCUUUAUUGUAAUUAUUACAAUCAAUAUUGUACAUUUUAAAAUUGUUUGUCUGUUUUUAUAUACUUAUGUGCUCAGGAAUCUAUUGAAAAUUAGAUGUGUAGUUCAUUUGGACUAAUUGAAGAAAUAAAGGAUACAAACACAUUUACAUUGUAGUGGGAAAAUGCAUUCAGAAAUAAGGUUCUGCGAACAUGAAGCAAACUACAUUAUGUUGUGCUAUUUUAUGUUUAAUUUUACAGGCUUACAGUAUAAUAUUUUAUGUUCAUGUAUGUUAAUCCUCAUGCAUUCACACUCUGGUUGUCUCACACUAGUUAGGAGAGUUGUUAUUCAGUGUGCCAUGAGCUAAGCACAUUCCAAAGACCAAGGCUGUCUCCUGGAGAGUAGGGCAUCAGAUGUGUUAUGACUACUGUUUAUCAGACAUUAGAUGCCACCAAUAGACACCCUUGAGAAAGAGGCAUACAACAGAGUGAUUCUCUUUGUUCUAGUUAGUUGAUUCUCGAGACAACUCGGUUUGCUUGUAUCCUGUGUUGAUGCAAAUAAAUCUUACACGUGAAGUGAAA